GGAAAUCAUUGUUGGCGGGAAAGAAACGCCGAUACGCACAGCACCUCUUUCAAGUUUCAAGUCUCCCCACCUUUCUCUGUCCUCUUGACUCUAAGAAGUUAUAAAGUAAUGGAAGGCAGCGAGUGUGAGGCGAUAUUCGAGUCUCUAAACCUAAAACCUCAGCUCUUCAUCAAUGAAACCCUCAAUCUUGUCGACGAGAUCGUCGAUGGCGCUUUCCAUCACUUUCACUUGGAAGCGUCUAAAUUAUUGAAGAUUGAUGGCUCCGACGACAGAUCUCAGGAUCUUCAAAAGGGUACUGAUUACAUUCACCAUACAAUUCAAGCAACUUUGGACAAGAGACUUAGUAUGUGGGAGCAAUACUGUCUUCGCCAUUGUUUCACUGUUCCUAAUGGAUUUUCGUUACCUUCCGAGGAAGAAGCAUCUGGUGAUGAUCCGAUGGAUCAAGUUGAUCCUAAUGAUGAGCAGGUAGAAGUGCAACUUGCUAAUCUAAGAAACAAGCUUGCAGAGGCUGAGAAAGAGUGUGCUGAACUGAUCCAAGAAUUGCAAGAAUUAGAAAGAAAGUCUACCAUGAACAACCAGCAUAUCGCAUCUGUGAAUGAAGCAUUACAAUUGUAUGAGAGAAGUUCAGCACAUGAUAUGUUCCAAGAUAUGUUUAGAGUUGCAUCUGAACUUCGCCGGAAAAUGGAGCAGCUGAAGAGUAAACAGAUGGAAGAGACUGAGCACAAUAGGAGAACGAGGUUAUAUGAUGCAAACGUAGAUAUGCCUGAAUGCAACUUCAGCAAUGGUCUUUCCAAGUUGAAUUUGGAUGAUUUUCAGGAAUUCAUAGCCACGAUGAACUCUUGAAUUAAGUUUCCCAGGCGAUUGUGGAGGCUCCUUUUCCAAAGAAUUUGCUGAAGUUUUAUGUAGUUUCUGUACAUGUGUAAAGAUCGGAUAGUAGUUGGUUAUUUAUCCUUGUUUGAUUUUUAGUUAAAGAUCAUCAACUUAUUUCUGUACACUAGAUCAUUAAUGAGAUUGGAUCAGUAUUAAACAUAUUAAUACUAACAGAAUUCAAAAGGUUGAGCAUGA